UAUAAAAGAGAAGGGGUAGAAGCUGAAAGGAGUGGGAAAUAGCGGGCGUUGUAACGUCUGUGAGAGUCGUGUCGCUACUUCCGAGGAAAUAGCACCUUACAGGAUACCUUGUAAGUUCAGGUAGCGAAGGAAGAACUGUUAUCGAGAUGUCGAGGCCAAUUCUCAGCAGGCCGCGCACGCGUGUAUACGGAUGCAAUUAUGACAAAGGAGAAUCGUAUUAUAAACCAAUGGUCGAUCAUUUGGAUCGAAAGUACUGUUCCCGGCCAUUGUUUUCUGAACCAAGAACUUCGAUAGCUGACGAGAUUGCAGCGCGACGAGGCGACAUCGGCUCGCGUGACCUCUCCGGUCCUCGCAACAGUUCCCUUGGCCAUGACCUUGACCUCGAAUUAGACCCCUCGAUUCGCGGCCCCCAAUUACCACUACCCUCCCUGGCCACCGACAAUCUGUUUUCCGAAGACGAGGAUAUUGUCUACAAUAGCCGUGGGCAGCGCAGUCGGCGUCGAUUCGCAGAAAAUUUCGUCAACGAUGUUACCGCGACGACACAGCAUCUCAAAGCAAAACUGGCCAACAUUGGAUUGGAGGAGGAAGUGGACGCCGUGUUGGGACGACCGCGUCGCCUACGACAGGAGGAGGAUCUCAGCACGAGGAAGAACCUACAAGAUGUGUCGUCUAUCAGCAAGGAGGCAGAAGCCAGUUUCAAGAGGCGAUCCAAGCUGUUCGACGAGAUAGACGCAAUGGACGAGACUAAACCGAUGCUUACAAAAUGGUCGAGACUGAUCAACGAUGACGACAGUUUGGUACCAGUGAGUGCUGCUGCGACAAGAGCCAAGCAAACGAAAGCUCGUUUAAACGACCUCGAGUCGGAAAUGGAAGAGCUCGCUGAAAAACAAGCGAAACGAGAACGCAGGGCAGCAGCGCUCAGAGCUUUGAUCAAUGAAAGUAGCACAGAUGCGGAGAAUCUGUCGUCGUUGCAGAAGAAAUCUGUCGUCAGCAAGAAGUCGGUCUCUAUUCGCAGCAGUGAACGCUCAGAGAAACACGUUCCUUUUUAAAUCGAUUUAUUUGCAUAUAUUGCAAAUUACCUGCACGAUGUUCGUAUCAAUCUAAUCUUGUCUAUU